ACAGUAUUUCUUAGUCUCGAGUUGCGGUCACAUUACGCUACCAUUGUUUAUUAUUUGUAAAACAAAAUUUGUUUUAAAUGACUCGCCAUGCAAGGAAUUGCACCGCUGGUGCUGUUUACACAUAUAACGAGAAGAAACGCGAUGCUGCCGAAUCUGGUUAUGGAACAAAUGCCAAGCGCCUGGGCAAGGAUUCGGUAAAAUCCUUCGAUUGCUGCUCGCUCACAUUGCAGCCAUGCAGAAAUCCCGUAGUUACCAAGGAUGGAUAUCUCUUCGAUAAGGAAGCCAUACUGCAAUACAUUGUGACCAAGAAGAACGAGUAUAGCCGCAAACUCAAGGAAUACGAACGUUUGCGUCGCGUAGAGGAAAAUGAAUUGGCCGCUGAGGCCAACAAUAAACAACAGGCGCGCAUGGAGCGUUUCGUCAAUGCCGAGAAGCCCACAACGACGCCAGCCCACAAGCCAGCUGCCACUGCAACAGCCGUGAAAUCCAGCGACUUAAAUGCCACGCCCAGCACAUCAGCUGCAGCAGCUGCGGCCGCAGCUUCUAGUUCUGUCAGCUCCAUUUCUAACAUGGCUAAUGGACAUGAGAAGAAGCUGCCCAGUUUUUGGUUGCCUUCGGAGUGUCCCAACGCUGGUGCUGCCAAAGCACAAAAACCAGAUGCAACUAUUUACUGUCCUGUAUCCCAGCAGCCGUUGAAAGUAAAGGAUCUGAUUGAUGUCAAGUUUACGCUACUGAAGGAUGGCGAUACAAAGAAAUCACUGAUUGCUAAGGAAGCGCGUUACAUGUGUCCCAUCACACAUGAUGUGCUCAGCAAUGCGGUGCCAUGUGCUGUGCUGCGUCCCACCGGCGAUGUGGUCACUGUGGAGUGUGUGGAGAAGCUCAUUCGCAAGGACAUGAUUCAUCCGCUUACGGAUCGCAAGCUUAAAGACAAAGAUAUAAUUUUGUUGCAAAGGGGAGGCACAGGGUACGCGAUUACUAAUGACAAUCUGCAGGCCAAGGAAAAGCGGCCCAUGCUACAGGUUUAGACAGAAUUUUAAUUGAUUUUAUAUUAAUGUAGUUAAGCUCUGACAACAAUAAAAACAAUAAUCCAUGCGAAAGC